UGGGGAGGCUGCUGCUCACUGGCACAGCUGGACUGCUGGUUACUGGACUUUAGCCUCUCUGGAUAUUUAACUCCCAAAAAGGCACCAGCAGAGUCUCUGGAAAAGUCUUUAGAUUAGCUGGUGUGAAAAGACUCGAACUCGACGAUGAACAGCGUGGCGGACUGGCUGCUCCAGAACAGGGACAAGAUCGAGAAGGGCGUGGAGAUCAUGGGGCAGGCCUCCGAGGUGCUGGCGUCCACCGUGGGCCAGCUCCACCCGGUCCUGGAGGCCGUCUUCAUGGCCUCGGCCGAGCUGCUCAACAACCCCGAUGGCAAAGAGGCGCGCUACCUGACGCAGCAGUUCGAGCAGGUCAACCGGCAGCUGGAGGGGAUCCAGGACGAGAUCGAUAAGAUCGCCCUGGAGCUGCAGAGGACGUCCAUGAACAAGCAGAACUUCGACCGUGAGGCGCAGAUGGUCAGCCAGUACGAGAAGUUCCAGGAUUUUGUCAACGCCAAGCCCAAGUUCAAGGAGAAGAAGAUGGAAAAGUUCCUGAGCCACUACGAGAACACCGACGCCGACUUGAACCUGGACGCCCUCUACAAUGCCGUCAUGGGCCAGAACACCGCAGGGGAUCCCAUGCUGGACACGGUGGUUGCCACGGAGGAGAGGAGCCGCAGGGCGGUGGAGGACUUCUGCGCCCGGCUGAAGAAGCUCUUCGUGGUGGGCAUCAUCGCCGUCAUGGGCCACACCGCCCUGAAGGACGGCGCCGUCGGGGAGGAGAUGGUGAAGAAGUGGCAGCAGCGCAUGGAGGAUGUGGAGAAGCGGAUGAAAGCGGCCGUAGACGAGUGCACGGAGAAAUUUGCUGAUCAGGCCAAGCAGGACUUGGAGCACCUGCUCCAGGACAGUCCCGGCGCCGCGGACCAGGAGCUUGCCAACUCGCUCCUGGACACGCUGGUCAAGAAGUACGACUGGGUGAAGUGGUCCAUCAGGGCCUUCAGCGACCGGGAACGCUUCUUCUUCUUCAACUGGCUGGCCGGAAAGAAGUACCACGGGAGCGGCGGCGCCAACUGGUUCGACAUCCUGACCAAGAACGGCAUCAAGGUGGUGGUCUCCUUCUGCGUGGACCCCAAGCCCAUCAACAAGAGGGAGAUCCAGGAGCAGAUCGAGCAGCAGAAGCUGAAGGGGAACAUGAUGGCGGUGGCGCUGGCGCUCAACAAGAGCUUCCCCGACUGCCUGGUCCACGCCGUCAGCCACUACAAGGUGGUGGUGGAGACCAACAACUUCCACGAGGACUGCUACUACUACGGCAAGCAAAAACGAGCCUACCUGUGCAUCCACUCGCAGUAGGCCGACCGAGGACCGCUCCGACUCCACCCGGUCUCCCGGUGCAUCCACCCACCGUAGGCCAACCGAGGACCGCUCCUACCCCGGGGGACACCACCCGGUUAAUCCACCCGCAGUAGGCUGACCCACCCACGCAGUGCUGAAACAGAAAUCAUGAAUGUUUUGAACAGAGACUUGAACAAAUGAAAUAACUCAACUAUAGAAAUGAUCUAGGCUGUCAGAGUUAAUCGCAUUAAUCGCGAUUAAUUAAUGUAAGGUUUGUUUUUAAUAAUCAUAAUCAAUGACGUGAUUAGGGCUGAGAUCUUCUUCUUUUUGUUCCAUUUCAAAACUGUAUUUGGUGUAGAUGUACUAAAUUUGUCUACAUGAUGCUUUAAUUUAAAGGAAAAUCCAAAAAGUUCAAAAUGGAAAUUCUUUCAAUAACUCCAGCAAUUUCAGCGGUUAAUUCUAAUCUGAUUGAUUUGAACCAAUGCCGGUGAAUUCUGCUUGACGCAGCAUUCACUGAGAUUGGUUGUAUUUGAAAUAAAUGUUGAAAUUGCAGCAGUGGAACUUCCUGAUUGGACUGAUAAAAGUUUCACAUCAUGGACAUAAAACUGCCUUGAAAUGCAAAACAACAGAAUUUUAAACAUACAAUUCAAAACUAGAGUGAUUAUGCGAUUAAUCGCGAUUAAGAAAAUUAAUCUUUUGACAGCCUGUAGUAAUGAUUCCUGAAUAUCUGGGUUGAUGUGUAAUCUGCUCCGUCUGGGCUUUGGUUUUUACAAUGACUUUAAUUUUGAAAGAUUUUCGUCUGUUCUUGCGUUUCGACCUCAGAGACGUUCUUCGGCUUUGGCUUCAUGAUUUAAUCUUCGUCCUGUUGGAAAUCACUCGGGCUGGACAACGCCACCGCCGUACAGCAGAGAAACCGAAGCUACAAGAAGACAUGCUAACAGCUAUCUGUGAACGCCGCUAAAUCUCACAACAUUAAAGAUGUUGAUGGAGAAAACAUGAAAAUGUGAUGGAGUUUAAAGAUUAUCCUUCAUUCCUGACUCAGUUGACUAGUUUAGGUUUAGUUCCAAUAGCAAUCCAUCAUUUAUUCGUGCAGUUAGCGCUUUGCAAACAUUAAGCUAGUGAGCGAUACGUCAGUCAGUUGCAUGCUAGUGGCUGGGUUGCGCUCGCUGUUAGCAUUAGCAUUAGCCAAAGCUUUUGUGAGUCGCUGCUAUUCAGUUCUUGUUUACAGAAGUAUGUAAAAUGCCCCGCCCCCCCCAUUAGCUUCCAUCCACAGGAACUUAAAUUAGCAUUAGCAUUUCUGACAAUGCGGCUGGGCCUCUAAACUCCUGUUUACUGGAGGUUAGGGUCAUUGAGUUUCAUUAGCAGUUAGCUUCUUUUUAGCGUCUCGCUGGUUCUCGCCUGGACAGAUUGAUGUAAACACUACGACGAGGCGGCGGCGGCGGCGGUCCACGGCUUCCGGUGCAAUACUCAGCAUUCAGGUCUGCAGGGCGGCUGUUCAGCCAAUCAAUCACUUCAAGAGGCUUUUAUUUUGUAUAUUUUACUUUAAUAAACAAAAUGAAUGAAUGAA